AGGAUUUGACUGAAGCCUGUGUUGCCCAUUAGAGAUUACUCAGACGGCUGGAAAGCGAAUUCACGCUUAUAGUUUUGUUUCUCAGGCGGGUACAUUUAUCUCUAUGUUAUUUAUGAUUUUGGAAUCCCACAUUGGACAUAUUCAGAUAUCAUUUACUCGGACGGGAAUAUCCGGUGGUCAUACGGGACAAUUGAAUUUGUGUUCAAGCCAGUGCUGGAGGAUUUGAACGUGCAGGCUUCACGCGCUUCUUCUGCUUCAAGCUUCUGACAGCAAAUGUAUUUCACAUCGGAUUAAACUUCGGGAAAGUUAAACAUUUUCUCGGAAGGAAGCGGAUUUGGGUUCUACUUAUAUUGUGCGAUGCGCUGAAUUGUGCAGUGAUUAUUUCGAGACUCAAAGAAAAAGAACAUCGUGCACGUUUUGAAUUUUGUUCUGUUGCGGACAGCCAGGAUGUGCUGACUUAAAAUUAGUUUAGUAAAUAUAGCAUCCAUAUUUCACAUAUUAACCAUUUAAUCAAUUUAAACUGCGUAGCCAAAUCUACAAUCUUUCUCGUUAUAAUGACCUGGCGGAGCUGAGACUCAAAAUAGAGGACUGUCUCCGAACUAGUAGAAGAGCGGUUCCUGUUGUUGGAACAUGAAGUCAGUUACUGGUCUGUUUGCUUUAACUGUGUUGCUGUGUUACACGAUCCCAUCCUGGAGCGCCACUAUCAACAGCCAUGGAGCAGACAUUUCUAAGCUGGGUUCCCUUGAAUUAAGGAACACAUAUAACUUUAGCACCUUCCUGUUGGACCGUGCGUCUGGGAUGCUCUACCUUGGUGCGCGUGAUGCAAUCAUUGCCGUGGAUACUGCUAACCUAUCAAAGAGGAAGUUGAUUGAAUGGAGUGUUCCAGAAGACCGGAGGAAAUCUUGUGUUGCUAAGGGGAAGACCGAGGAUGACUGCAAGAACUACGUCCGACUGCUGGAGUUUUUGGAAGAUGGACGCAUAUAUGCCUGCGGGACCUUCGCCUUUGAUCCCCAGUGUGGUUUUAUUAACAUCUCUUCAUUCUCUCUGGAGAAGCAUGAUGAUGGUAGCAUGAUGUUGGAGACCGGGAAGGGGAAAUGCCCCUUUGAGCCCAGCCAGCAUUACACCGCUGUCAUGGCAGGAGGGAUCCUGUACACUGCCGCCACAAGUAACUUCCUUGGCACAAUGUAUGACAUUUCCAGGGCAACGGGCAUCGAGCAGGAACGCAUCCGGACUGAGCAAUCAAUCAACUGGCUUAGUGAUCCAGAGUUUGUCAGUUCUGCCUUCAUCCAAGAGGAUGAGAAGAACAAUCCUGCUGGUGAAGAUGACAAAAUUUACUUCUUCUUCACUGAGGUGGCUAAAGAGUAUGACCUCUACACCAAAGUCAAAGUGCCCAGAGUGGCCCGGGUCUGUAAGUCUGAUGUGGGUGGUAUGAAGACUCUGCAGAGGCGGUGGACGACGUUUCUGAAGGCUCAGCUGGUGUGUGAAGAUCGAGCGAGUGGACAGCGAUUUAACGUUCUGACUGAUGUGUUUACUGUCCAGCACCAGCCUGGAGACCCCAGCAGCACACACUUCUAUGGCAUAUUCACCUCACAGUGGGAAAGAGAGGAGCUGUCAGCCGUGUGUGUGUACAGUCUGGAGGAGAUCACUAAGGUGAUGAACGGACCCUUUAAAGAGCUGAAGAAGAGCUGUGACAACUGGAUUAACCCAGAGCCCAUUCCAACACCACGACCAGGACAGUGUUUGAAUAGUGCUCUGAAAGAGCAGGGCUUUGAGUCCUCCCUGAAGCUGCCUGAUAAAGUGCUGACGUUCACGCGUGAUCACCCGCUCAUGGAGAACAGUGUGGUGGCGGCACCAUUGAUGAUCAGAAAUGGCAUCACAUACACUAAACUUGCUGUUACCUUAAUAACGCCCUCCGGUGACACGAAGCAACAAACAGCCACUGUUUUGCACCUUGGAACAGAUCAUGGAGAGCUACACAAAGUCGCUGUGGUUGGUCCAAAUGCAACUCUUAUUGAAGAAGUCCCCUUGUUUUCUGCACAGGAGCCAGUGAAUAACAUAUUGCUAUACAAAGAUGAGGCUCUGGUGGGCUCUCCUCUCUCUCUGGUGAAGGUACCCAUCAUGGGUUGUUCUCUAUACUCUACCUGUGAGGUGUGUGCACGUGCCCGAGGCCUUGGCUGCGUAUGGAGGAAUAAAGAGGGAGCUUGUGCUAUGGCGAAGGCGGGUGAAGUGGUAGAGUCAGAAGAUUUGGUCAGGCAAUGCAAUAAAGGUGAAGGUCUUUGUUCCCCACCUGUAAUUGAAAUGCGCGUGGAAGAGGGUCUGCGCGUCCUGCUUUCCUGUGUGCAGGUGUCUCCUCGUCCUUGCCGCUGGGAGAAUCCCCCUGGCAGUCACACCCGCCGCCACAACUAUGACCUUGAGGUGCAGGUCACAGCGCAGAGCCUGGGCACAUACACGUGCCUGUGUGAUGAAGUGGGCAGAGAUCAGCCACCCUGUCGCAAAGCCGAGUACCAACUGACCCUUGAAAACCCCAGCAUGGAGGGGAACGUAGCCGUUGCGGGUAGCCGACACUUCCUGGCCUCGCACAUCAUUUUUUUCGUCAUAGGUUUUGUAAUGGGUGUCAUCCUGUUGUUUCUAAUUUACAAACGGCAAGGUGGCAUGAGAGGGGGCGGGCACUCAUCGUCCACAUUGGAAAAAGGGCGGGACUUGCUUCCUUCAACAGACACGCCGCAGUCUCCAUGCAGCGACAGUCUGUUGUCGGAGGCCGUUCCGUUAACGGAGAAAAGGAACGGGACGCUGAACGGACACAGUAUGCACCCCAGUGGGCUCAACGGCAGGCACAUUUACACCAACACAAGUGGACUGAAACUGCAGGAGUCAGCUGUGAACCUGGCAGAGGAGCUGGACGGUAGAGAAAGGGCGGGGCCAGACGGAGAGGAGGAAGGACUGGGGGAUGGGCUUAGUGAGAUGGAGGAGGAGUUAUCAAAAAUGCCAUGCCUAAGAGGAGCACCACUGGCAAAGUGCGAAGAAAGCUCGAUCUGAUGAGCGGCGCACACGUGAUCUUUGAAACUAAACUCUGUGAAAGGCUCACAAACACAGACGGAGGGCUGGAGGAGAAGAGGAAAGCAGACAAUCAAAAAAAAAAAAAAACUGAUACACAUUCCAAAUAUACGAACAACACGUAGUUAUACAAAGAAGCACAUACACCACUGACUCCUCUACUACUCCAUUACAUCACCAUCCAGUCCUUUCACUCCUGUGUACAUAACAUGCUGUGUAGAUCUGUGUCUAUCCUACUGUUUUUGCAUGUUUGAUCAGACGCAUGGGCGUUUCUUAUAGCACUUUUGUGCACCAUCCUCAAAGCCAUGCGCACACACACACGGACAUACAGUACACGGUCUUUGCAUCUGUGUGUGUGUGUAAGUCUGUAGUUGCUUGGCCUGAUUCCUCUUUAAGGAUUCAAAAGUCCAAAAAAUCUGCAAACCAGAGCAGUGCAAAGCCGUGAAGAAUCUGCUCAUCCUGGGCCGGAUACUGAAGUAAAAUGAUUUGAUUUGUCACCAAAAAGGGCUCUGUGACUGAUGCUUCACAGCAGCAAAUAAUGACUGAGAUACUGGAAACAUGAUUUUUCUGCCUUAUAGAUAAAGAGGUACUGUGGCCUAUGGCAUGGCUGGAUUAUAGGGUCUUUGCCAGGGAAAGGGGCACAAAGGGGCAUUCAGUACGAGCUGAUUCCAUGGGCCCAUUGGUGAAGGAUAUGUGGAAAUAAUGACUAAAAUGGACCACCAAAGAGAGUGUGCCCUCAUGGGACCUUGAUCCGGCCCUGACCUAUAGUGCCCAAGUCUUAAUGGAGAGAGAGAAUGAGUAACAAAGCUAUUUAGCAAUCUUCUCUCAGCAGGAGAGAGCAUGUCGAACCUGUGAACUGAUAGCAGAUGGUGAGAAUGGGACUUUAUUUGUCCUCUGCAAAGUAAACUAACCACAUGUUCUGUGGUGCCAUCCGUAUAGGGACCAGAUGUAGCAUGUUCUGUUCAUAAUAAUCUGCACAGACGAAGGACCACAAGACGAUGGUGAUGAUGUCACUUUAAAUCGUUCAGUAUGAAAUCGUCAAAACGGAAAUGAAGUGUGAAGGAAAUGUUUGAUUGUUUUGAGUUUCCCUUUAAGGACAGAGAAUGUGCAGUUUGAAGGUAUAUUUAUCCCCACUAAAGUGCAUGAGACAAAGUAGCCAUGAAGCUACAGAUUCGUUAUAUGAUCAGGGGCUAUGGCGUUACCUAAAGCACUCCUAGUAACAAAGAGUGUUCUAUAAAUGUAGCCAUAAUGAUACCUAGGAGUAUGUAGGAGUAUGUAAAUAUCUGUGAAUAGAAAAGAAAAUGUGAUAAAGGUCUUAUAAACGUGUUUUUAUUCUCUCGUUUUCACCACUAGAGGGGGUUCAGUCCUUCUGCCAUCUUAAAUGUUGGACCACAUUUAAAUGCCAUAACCUGCCAUUUUCCAGUAGAAUAACUUUGAUCUACCUUAUACGUUCUCCAUUUAUUUAUUUUGUAAUUUUUGUAAAACAAAUAUUUGUAACAUUAUGUCAAGCAAAGUGAAGGUAACUCUCUGGAUUAUGUACAAUAUAUCUUGUCUUCUGAAUAGAUCUCUUUGUCAGCGCUCAAUAAAAUAAUGAAAACAGGUACAUUUAACCCCAUAAAUUUCUCUUUCACAAAAUCCUGAUCUUCUCUUGAGUUUAAGGUGAUAGUUUAACAAGCCUUCACCCUCUUAAUAAACCGUAAUUAAUAUGCUGUAGUUAGACUUGUCCGCUAUGGUUUUUAUGUUAAUAUUCAUUUAAAAAAACAAAACAAAAAAAACAUCAGUUAGUGUUACAUGCUCUUUGUUUGCUUAUUCUGAAUAAAUAAAUAUGUUAAUUGAUGUACAGAUACAGUAUGUUGUAUUCUAAGUUUCUAUUUUUAUAAUUUAUAUAUGAUGAAGAUAAAUGUACAUUUGUGUUUGAAACAUUUAUUGAAGGUGUUUGUGUGUGAACGGCUGUAUGUGUGAAUGCCUUGUGAUGCUCUUUGGAAUAAAAUAAAAUAAAAAAACUACCUCUCAAUGUGGCAUUUUUUUUAUUAUCUUUUUCAAACAGUUAAAUGCUAUAACAAAGAAACAAACAAAAAAGAUUGAUAUUUGUAUCAUGAUUCCUGUCUUGUGUUCCACUUGUAUUGUGUGUACUUUUGUCAUUUCUUGUCUUGUGCUAAGUCUUGUAGUCCUAUGUAGUUUUUCAUGUUGACCAGGUGUGUCUUCCUCAUUUCCUAGUUUAGCUUGUUUGCUCCUGUGUAUUUAUAGCCCUUGUGUUUCACUUGUUACUUUGUCAGUUGUUGUACAUAUUAUGGUUUUGUUCCUUCCUUUGUUCUGAUUAGGUUGUAUUUAUUUUCAUUUCAUUAAAAGAUCCUGCAUUU